CCCGCCGCGCUGCCCGCAUUCCUGCGCCCGGCCCGGCCCGGCCCGGCCCCGCUCCCGGCCCCGCUCCCGGCACCUGCGGCCGGCCCAGCCCCUCCGAAGCACGGAGCAGCAGGUUGUCGUGUGUCCGUGGGGGCUCGGGGUCGGAGCCCAGAGCAGCCAGCACCAUAGCGUCCAACAGCUGGAACGCCAGCGGCAGCCCCGGGGAGGGGCGGGAAGAUGGCCAGGACGGCAUGGACAAGAGUCUGGACAAUGAUGCCGAGGGGGUGUGGAGUCCAGACAUCGAGCAGAGCUUCCAGGAGGCGCUGGCGAUCUACCCACCCUGCGGCCGCCGCAAGAUCAUCCUGUCGGACGAGGGCAAGAUGUACGGUCGCAAUGAACUGAUCGCUCGCUACAUCAAGCUGCGGACGGGGAAGACGCGCACGAGGAAGCAGGUGUCCAGCCACAUCCAGGUUCUAGCUCGGAAGAAGGUGCGGGAGUACCAGGUUGGCAUCAAGGUCUCUAGCCACUUGCAGGUUCUUGCCCGGCGGAAAUCUCGUGAGAUUCAGUCCAAGCUGAAGGCCAUGAACUUGGACCAGGUCUCCAAGGACAAGGCUCUGCAGAGCAUGGCUUCCAUGUCCUCUGCCCAGAUCGUGUCGGCCAGUGUCCUGCAGAACAAGCUCAGCCCCCCACCUCCUCUUCCUCAGGCUGUCUUCUCUGCUGCCCCCAGGUUUUGGAGUGGGCCUAUCCCAGGACAGCCUGGACCCUCUCAGGACAUUAAACCAUUUGCACAACCAGCUUACCCCAUCCAGCCACCCAUGCCUCCGUCACUAGCCAGUUAUGAGCCCUUGGCUCCGCUGCCCCCGGCCGCCUCGGCCGUGCCGGUGUGGCAGGACCGAACCAUCGCCUCGGCCAAGCUGCGGCUGCUCGAGUACUCGGCCUUCAUGGAGGUGCCCCGGGACGCCGAGACGUACAGCAAACACCUCUUUGUGCACAUCGGGCAGACGAACCCCUCGUACAGCGACCCGCUGCUGGAGGCCGUGGACAUCCGCCAGAUCUACGACAAGUUCCCCGAGAAGAAAGGCGGCCUCAAGGAGCUCUAUGAGCGGGGGCCACAGAACUCCUUCUUCCUGGUCAAGUUCUGGGCGGAUCUGAACAGCACGAUCCAGGACGGGCCAGGGACUUUCUAUGGUGUCAGCAGCCAGUACAGCAGUGCAGAGAACAUGACUAUCACAGUCUCCACCAAGGUGUGCUCCUUUGGGAAGCAGGUCGUGGAGAAAGUGGAGACAGAGUACGCGCGGCUGGAGAACGGCCGGUUCGUGUAUCGCAUCCACCGCUCCCCCAUGUGCGAGUACAUGAUCAACUUCAUCCACAAACUCAAGCACCUCCCUGAGAAGUACAUGAUGAACAGCGUCCUGGAGAAUUUCACCAUCCUGCAGGUUGUUACCAACAGGGAUACCCAGGAAACCCUGCUCUGCAUAGCCUUUGUUUUCGAGGUGUCCACCAGCGAGCACGGCGCCCAGCACCACGUGUACAAGUUGGUCAAGGACUAGGGGCCCUCAGGGACGGGCAGGGGCACGAGGGGCAUGCAGGGGAGGGGAGGGAAACCGUGCAGGAAGGCUGCCCAUGCCCAUUGCCUUGUGAGAAGUCAUUUGAAGAGAGGAGGAGGAGGAGGAGGAGGAAGAAAAUAGCCAAAAAGGACUGACUUGUGCUCACUGAUGUUUUCUACUUAGGAACAGGUUCUUUUUUUCUUUUUUUAAAUAAAUUUAAAGAAAAAAAAAAGAAAAAAAAGGAAGAAGAAGCAUGAGGAAGGAAGUGCAGGGAGAGGGAAAGCUGAGCCUGGUGCUGGAGGGGGAGCAGCAGCCCUCGGUGUGGCUGAGGAAGGCGGGAGCCGUGCCAGCGCCUGCAGCGGGAUGCUGGGGCAGAGCACACAGCCCCUCCUGGCACCUCCCUCCUUGCUCAGACGUGGGCCUGGUCCUGAGUGGAGGGCAACGAGCAGGGAUGGGCUGGAGGAGCUGGCAUGGCACCAGCUGUGACCUCAGACAGAUGGGGCAUGGCACCAGCUGCAGCCUGAAACCGAUGGGCACGGCACCGACGGGGCAGCAGGGAUGUGGGCAUGGAGCUGCUGGGGUGGGAGCAGGGAGGGGUGAUGCUGCUGCCUCCCUGGGGACACACACCUGGGCUGCUCCUCCAUGCCAUGCUGGGGGCACUGGAACCAGUGGCACUGAUGGUUGGGAGGACACCUGGGCUGCUCCUCCAUGCCAUGCUGGGGGCACUGGGAACCAGUGGCACUGAUGGUUGGGAAGGCACCUGGGCUGCUCCUCCAUGCCAUACUGGGGGCACUGGGAACCAGGGCACUGAUGGUUGGAAGGGCAUUUUGGCUGCUCCUCCAUGCCAUGCUGGGGGCACUGGGAACCAGGGCACUGAUGGUUGGGAGGGCACCUGGGCUGCUCCUCCAUGCCAUGCUGGGGGCACUGGGAACCAGUGGCACUGAUGGUUGGGAGGGCACCUGGGCUGCUCCUCCAUGCCAUGCUGGGGGCACUGGGAACCAGGGCACUGAUGGUUGGGAGGGCACCUGGGCUGCUUCUCCAUGCCGUGCUGGGGGCACUGGGAACCAGUGGCACUGAUGGUUGGGAGGGCACCUGGGCUGCUUCUCCAUGCCAUGCUGGGGGCACUGGGAGCCUGUGGCACUGAUGGUUGGGAGGGCAUUUUGGCUGCUCCUCCAUGCCAUGCUGGGGGCACUGGGAACCAGGGCACUGAUGGUUGGGAGGGCACCUGGGCUGCUCCUCCAUGCCAUGUUGGAGGCACUGGGAACCAGGGCACUGAUGGCUGGGAGGGCACUGAUGAUGCAAACCAUGGUUUUUAUGGCUCUUUCCCCUUCUCCCCUUUUAUUAAAGUGCUUUUUAAUACUUUUUUAAACAAGACACCAGGACUGUGCCCUCUGUGGUGUCUGGGACCUGCUCCCCUCCCACCCCCCAGGGAUGGUGACCAGAGGAGGUGAUGCAGCUGAGUUUGCUGGGUUGGGACUGUGCAGCCAAGCUGCUGGGCACAGGGAGCUGCCUCGUGCAGGGGAGGCUUUGAGGGGGUUUCUGCAUCGUUCUGGGCUCGCUGGAGGUUGGUGUGUAUGUGGCAGUGGGAUCUCCUGAGCUCUGCACUCUGCUUUCAGGGCUUGCACUUGGGGGUUACCCAGGCUGCACCUAUCCCCUGUGGUUUCUUGCUGAGGAGCAGUGAGCUGAGGGUGGAUUUGCCUCAUUUACUUUUGCAUAUGUACAUUCUCUGACUUCUUUUUUUCUUUUGAACUUCUUUUUUUGGCCUUUUUUUGACGUUGACUCGAUUUCAGCUGCUCCCUGGAGCCCCUCCAGGAGCUUCCUCCAUCCCAGGGGAUGUGGCUGGGGAGGUGAUACUGCAGGGAGCAGCACGCUGUGCAGUGCAGGGCCAGGCUGCAAGUGGGCAGAGAUGGGGACAGAGAAGAGGACAGAGGACAGGAGGGAUGCCAGGACAGGGGCUGGGGCUGCUGAGAGUUAUUGUUGGGACUACAGCCUGAAAUAAGCCAAGGCAGAGGGACAGGGGUCUGCUUGUGCAUGGAGCAGGGUGCUGGCAGGUGGACAGGGAGCCCAAGGCAGGGCUGGCUGGGUUUCUUGUGAUGGGGGGGAACUGAAGGCAGGGGGAGGUGCAGAGCCAGGUGCUGGGGGAAAACAGGAGCGGUUUGAGGGGCGCUGGAGCCCAGGCAGGGGGACAGGGGCAGGUUUGGGCUCGAUGCUGCUGGGUGUGGAGGAGCAAGAACAGCCCCAGUGCUCAGGAAAGGGCUGAGACAUGGAGACUUCAAGCAGGGUGGGUGGUGGGGCUGGAUGGAGGCAGCAGGGAGUGGGAAAGGGGGAACAAUCCAGGGCAAGGCACUGCAGCCCCAUCCCAGGGCUGUGCUGGGGCUGCCCAGCCGAGUUCUCAGAUGUAGCAAGUUUGUUUCAUGGUUCUUUUUCUUCUUUCUUCUGUUUUACUCACCCACCUACAACUCUGGCAGGGAAAGCUCCAGAGCUGCCUGCCACACACCAGUGCCCUGCUCUCAGCCCCAGCUGGCCUCAAAGCUCUUUGUUAACUGGACAGGUCUGUGCCUCCCUCCCUGCCCAACCCCACGCACACCCUGUCCCUGAAGGUCCCAGACAGGGUUCAGCCACCAUCCCAGAGACACUUUCUCAGCCCCCUCCCCGCUCCUGCAGCCCCUCUGUUCUCCUCCAGUGUAUUUAUGAAUUUCACAUGAAGUACUGUUUUAUUUUUUUAAAGACUUUGUAAAGCUUCCCAGGUUCCAGUCACCAUUUUUAGAGCUGUCUCAGUCCCACAAUGUUACAAAUCCAUUUUGUAAUGUAUUAUAUAUUUUGUGUAUGUUUUGUUUUUUAAGCCAGCUGUGAUGGGUUGUAUCAUACCUUUGUUGUGUUUACUGUAUCUGUCCAACUGCAAACAGAGGAGACUCUGGAGCUCCUGGAAAACUAUGGUCUGCUGAAACAAAACCAUUAAAAUUAUUUGUUCAUG